AUGAGCAGAUAAAUCCAUCCUCAAUUAUUCAAGUAUUCGAUUCAUAGUUUCGGCUUGCUGAUUAGAUUUAGUAAACUUUAUAAUUAAGUUUAAUAAUAAAAUGCCCAAACCAUCUCAUUAGGUGGGUGAUUUUUUUCUAAUAUUUAGGAAUAAGUCAUUUGGAUAAUAAAAUAUACAAGCCAAAAAAAUUUCCAAUCGGCAAAAUAAAAAGAAUCAAAUAACUAUGUUCAGAAAAAUAUUGUAUGCUAAAUAAACUAAAUUUAUUAGGUAUAAGAUAAAGGAUAAAUCCUUAAGUUGUACAAUAAAUAAAUUAAGUCUAAUAGUCAAUUAUUAAAGGUUAAGAAUAGGAUUAUAACUUAGGUAAAAUUACAAUAUUAUAAACUAGAUAUUGAGAAGUACACAAAAAGUUCAGACUAUUACAAUUUUUAAGGUUUAAACAAAAUUCAUAUUUUUUGUAGCAAUAAGAUUAUAAAAAAUGAAUAGAUAUAUAGAAGCAUUAGAUUACUUUGAUAAAGCAAUUCAACUAGAGCCAUGGUUUCCAAUAUAUUUAUUUAACAAAGGUUAUCAAAAUAAUAAUCUAUUUUAGCGAAUACCUUAUUUUUAAUGAAAAGAUUUGAAGAAGCCUUAUAAUAUUACGAAUAAGCAAUUUAAUAAUUUGACGGCGAACCAAGUUACUUCAUUAACAAAGGUAAACAGGAAACAAUUAACCUUUAUUAGCAAAUACAUUAAAGGAAUUAAAAAGAUAUGAAGAAGCACUAGAUUGUUUUGAUAAAGCAAUUGAGAAAAACCCAAAAGAUUUAGUCUUUUUAAGUUGUAAAGGUAUCAAAAUAUUAUUUUUCUAUUAGCAAAUACAUUAUAUGAAUUGAAUAGAUAUGAAGAUGCUUUAAAAUAUUAUGAUUAUGCAAUUAAAAUAGAUCCUGAAGAUUCGCUUUACUAUUUCAAUACAGGUAUAGAAAAUAUUCUCUCAUUUAGCAAAUAUCUUAUAAUAAAUGAAAAGAUAUGAAGAAGCAAUAGAAUAUUUUAACAAGGCAAUUAAUAAAUAAAAUGAAAAGGAGAAAGAAGAUCCAAAAUAUAUUAAUUCAAAAGGUAGAAAAUUUAUUUAGACAUGAGGAAUUGCAUUAUAUGAAAUGAAAAAGUUUAAGGAAGCAUUAAAAUGUUUUGAAGAAGCAAUUAAGCUUAACCCAGAAGAUCCAUAACUAUAUUCACAUAAAGGUAUACAGUUAUAAUUAAAUUAUCUUAGCGAGUGCCUUAAAGCAAUUGCAUAGAUAUGAAGAAGCAUUAAUAUCUAUAGAUUUAGCCAUUAAGUAUAACCCAGAAGAUUUAGAAAACAUAUGUUAUAAAGGUUAUAUUGACCCUCUAUUAUUAUUUAGCAAACAUUUUACAUGAGAUGAAAAAAUAUGAUGAAGCUUUAAAAUGCUUUGAUUAUGCAAUUUAGUAAAAUCCAGAAGAUCCAAGAUAUUAUAAUAGUAAAGGUAGAAUUAAAAAAAUAAUCCUAAGGAACAACCUUAAGUGAAAUGUAAAAAUACGAGGAAGCAAUAAAAUGCUAUGAGUAUGCAAUUCAGAAAAACCCAGAGGAUCCAACUUAUUUUUUUAACAUAGGUGUAAAACCUGGCUAUUCAUUUUAGCAAAUUCUUUAGCCAGUUUGAAAAAAUUUCAAGAUGCAUUAGUUUAUAAUGAUCAUGCAAUUUAAAAAAACCCUGAAGACGCGAGAUUCCAUAUAAAUAAAGGUAAAACAGAAGAUAUUUUAAGCAAAUCUCUUAAAAUCACUGAAAAGAUAUGAUGAGGCAUUGCAAUCAUACGAUUAUGCAAUUCAGAAAAACCCAGAGGAUUCAAUUUAUUUCUUUCAUAAAGGUAUAAAAGCUGGAUUAUUCUUUUUUAGCAAUUAUUUUAACUAAGCUGAAAAAAUUUCAAGAGGCCUUAGAAUAUUAUGAUUAUUCAAUUUAAAGAAACCCUGAAGAUGCGAGAUUCCAUAUAAAUAAAGGUAAAACAUCAGAUAUUUUAAGCAAAUAUCUUAAAAUAAUUGAAAAAAUACGAUGAAGCAUUAAAAUCCUACGAUUAUGCAAUCCAGAUGAACCCAGAAGACUCAAAUUAUUUCUUUCUGAAAGGUAUCAAACCUUAAUUAUUGAUUAGCAACUGCAUUAGUUGAGGCUAACAGAUUUCAAGAAGCAUUAGAAAAUUUUGAAUAGGCAAUUUAAAAAAACCCAGAAGAUUCAUUUUAUUAUUUUAAUAAAGGUAUAAAAGAAAUUAAUUAAUUCAGCAUAAACUUUAUGCUAAAUGCAUCAAUAUGAUGAAGCAUUAAAAUAAUUAGACUUUGCAAUUUCGAAAAACUCAAACAAUCCAGAUUAUUUAGCACAAAAAGGUACAAGGAAAAUUUCAUAGAUUCUUAGCAAUGACAUUAGUGGAGAUGAAAAGAUACUUUGAAGCUUUAGAAUAUAUUGAUCAAGCAAUUAAAAAAUACCCACAGGAAUCAAUUGGUUACUUUAAUAAAGGUAUGAAUUAAUAUAUAAAUAUUGUUAGGAAAUAUUUUAUAGUAUUUGAAAAGAUAUGAAGAAGCUUUAAAAUUCUACGAUUAGGCAAUUGAGAAAAAUCCACGCAACUCCAAAUAUUUCAAUCAUAAAGGUCAUACAUCUCCAUUAUUUUUUAGCAAUUGCCUUAGUCGAAAUUGGAAGAUAUUAAGAAGCAUUAUAAUAUUUUGAUAAAGCAAUAUAUAUUAAUCCUGAAGACUCAGGAUCAUUUUUCAGCAAAGGUAUUAAUAGAUAAUAUUAAUUUUCAGCAAAUACACUAUUUGAAAUGAGUAGAUAUGAAGAAUCAAUAAAGAAUUAUAAUUGUGCCAUUGAAAAAAACCCUAACAAUCCAAUUUAUUAUGUUAACAAAGGUAUUUUAAAUUAGUAGUAUUUUCAGGAAAUGCCUUAGUUUAAAUGAAAAAAUAUGAAGAAGCUAUACGAUAUUAUAAUAUUGGGAUUGAAAAAAAUCCUGAGGAUUCCGCAAAUUAUUAUAACAAAGGUAUAACAGAUAAAAUACCUUCUUAGCAAAUGCUUUAUAUGAAUUGAAAAGAUAUGAGGAAGCAUUGAACCAUUAUGAUUCUGCAAUUAUGAACACCCCAGAAGGAUCAGGAUACUUUGGCAACAAAGGUUGAAAUUAAUAAUUAUCAUUAUCUAGCGUUAACUUUAAUUAAAUUGAAAAGAUUAGACGAAGCAUUAAUAUAGUUUGAUUUAGCAAUUUAAUUUGAGCCAGAAAAUCCAAAACAUUUUUUUGAUAAAGGUAUAAAAAAUCCUCUUUCUUAGCCGAACUCUUAAAAGAAAUGAACAAAUUUUAGUAAGCAUUAUAAUAUUUUGACUAUGCAAUUUAGAGAAAUCCAAAUGAGCCAACAUACUACUUUAAAAAAGGUAUAUAUUCUUAUUGUGAAGUAGGAUAAACUUUAUUUGAAAUGAAUAAAUUUAAAGAGGCUUUAACAUGUUUCGAUUUUGCAAUUCAAAAAAAUCCAGAUAAUUCCCUAUAUUUCUUCCAAAAAGGUAGAAAUGAAACAAUUUUAAUUUAGCGAAUACCUUAAAUUAAUUGGAUAGAAAAACAGAAGCAUUGAAAUAUUUUGAUCAGUCAAUAUAGAAAAAUCCGAAUGAUCUUCAAGUUCUCAGUUGUAAAGGUAUAAAUAAUCAAUAAAUUUAUUAAAGCAAUUACAUUACUUGAAUUGCAAAGAUUUAAAGAAGCGUUCGAAUGCUUUGAAUAAUUAUUUUAGAAGGCUAAGUAUGAUCAUUAAUUUUCAAAAAGUCCAGGUAUGAAACAAUAUUUAGCUUAGAAUUUUUACAGUUUUAAGCACUUUAUCCGAAAUUGAAAGAAUAUUGCAAAAUUUUCAAAUAAGCCUGAGAACAUUUCAGAAGUAAUCA